AUGGUCGUCCUCCCAGAACCCUUUGCCUCUUUCGAGCGCAUUACUCUCCUCUUCCCCCAUCCAUCCCCUCUCCACCCUCUUCCCAACCUAACACGUCACAUCAACUCAACCACUUCCACCAAAGCCCAGAUCUGGGCCAAGCGCGAGGACUGUUCUUCAGGUCUCGGUCUCGGCGGUAACAAGAUCCGCAAACUGGAGUAUGUCAUCCCAUCGGCCCUAGCUCAAGGCUGCGAUACUCUCAUCUCGACGGGCGGUACGCAGAGCAACCACAUGCGUCAAGUCGCGGCUGUGGGGAGCCAUCUUGGCCUCAAGACUAUUCUCGUACCGCAGGUGCAUGCAAAUACGGGAUCUGAGGCUUUUGGUCAGGCAGGGAAUGUGCAGGUCAAUGGCAUUCUCGGCGCUGAGUUGGCUGCGACGAAUACUGCGCUUGAGGAUGUCGCUGCGGAUGUGGAGAAGCAAGGUGGACGUCCGUAUGUCAUUGCUGCGGGUGCUUCAGUCCAUGUACACGGCGGACUCGGCUUUGCUCGCUGGGCAUCCGAGGUUGUGGAGCAAGAGACGGCUCAUGGCAUAUUCUUUGACACGAUCGUUGUCCCAGUGGCUUCGGGUGGUACCAUCGCCGGCAUGAUCGCCGGCUUCAAGCUAGCCAACCAGUCUGGAGGUCAGUCCCGGUCCAUAAUCGGCAUCGACACGUACAACAAGCCACCGGGCGUUCUUGAAGCCACGAUUCUCGAAAUAGCAAGACGAACGGCGGAUCUCAUCGGAUUAGGCGCAGAUGCAGUCCAGCCCAACGAUGUGAUCCUCGAUACGAGGUUCAAUACCGGUACGCACACGGCUUGGGACGAUAAUACAGCGCGAGGCGUCAAGCUGAUCGGCGAGCUCGAAGGAAUUGUGACGGAUCCGAUUUACUCGGGGAGGAGUGUGGGUGCUAUUCUGCACAAAGCCGAGAGUGGGGAGUUGGAAGGGAGUCGUUACGUGUUGUUUGUGCACACGGGGGGACAGGCAGCGCUGAAUCACUCUGCGCAAUUCUUUGAGAACUGUGAACUACGCUGGUACCAUGUCAAACUGUCGUUGCGGCACCCGAGAUCUCUGGACCCCAUUCAAGUCUACACGCAGCUGAAUUGGCUCCGACCACAGCGUCAACAUACGCCAUCAACAGUCCCCUCAUACUUAAAAAGCAAAUCAGUCAUCUCACCACUCCAGCUGCAUCACCCAAUCCCAACAGUGUCAUCUGAUCCAUUACCAAUCACUUACCCCAUCAUGCUGUCCCAGCCUAACCCCUACGACAAGGUCGAUACCGCCAAUCUCUUUACGGUAAAAUUCAGCAACCUCUUCGACAGAGACUCAAAAGAAGUUGACACGCUUUUGCAAGCAUGUGAAAGAGAUGGUUUCUUCUAUCUCGAUCUGCAGGACUCGUGCUCCGCCAAGCUGUGGAGAGACUUGGAGAGGGUGAGCGAGAUAGCUAAGCGCUGGUUCUCGCAACCUGUUGAGGACAAGCUGAAAACCCCAACGGUAUCGUUGGCGCAUGGGUUUGCUGAUCCCAUUGGAUACUGCAUUACGUCAACUGAUCCGGUUGCUCAAUUAGAUUCAAAGCUACGGAUUGGAAGAAAUGAACUCCUCGGCCGCUGGGCUCUUGCAUCAGUUGUCGAAGAAAACCUCGAGCUAUUCGACCAGUUCAACGCAUCAUGCCACUUUAUUCUAAAACUACUUCUGGACUGUCUAUCAGACGGGCUAAACCUCCGAGGACCAGCCCGUCUCGACACCCAUCACCGCGACGACGCACGCUCCAAAAGCACGCUCUACUUCCUGCACUACCCGCCAGGAACUCAGAAUCUAGACGAAGUAGGUCAGAACAUGCACACGGACAUCGGCACACUGACCCUCCUCUUCGCGCCGCAAUGGGGUCUCCAGGUCGUGUCCCCCGUGACGGGAGCGUGGGAGUACGUGCAGCCGCGCGAAGGCCACGCCAUCAUCAAUGUUGCGGAUACGUUGAGGUUCCUAUCUAAGAAGCGAUUUCGCUCUGCUCUGCAUCGUGUUCUUCCGAUUGGGAGCGUGCAGAAGGAAGAUCGGUAUGCGGUGUCGUACUUUUUGAGAGCGGCGGAUGAUACCGAGUUUAAUGACCGUAAUGAUGAGGCGUCGAAUGCUAAGAGUUGGUACUUGACAAAGUAUCAUACCUACGAGCUGCCACAUGAUGUCCAGGGAGAACAGACGGUGCUGUCUGGUGGUAUGGCGCAGGAGUUGCAGGCUACGUUCUGA